AGGCAAGAAUAAAGGCGAGGGCAACUGAGAUAACUGGUGGAGGCGUUCGACGAGAAAGCAAGGCCUUUAAGCCAGGAGUCGGGGUGGAGGUGGAAGGGUUGGUGAGCGAGGCCUGAAAUAGGAAACUACAGCUCCCAGAAGGCGUAGCGGCUGCGUCCCGGAUGCUGUGACCGUGAAGCCUGAUGGGACAGGUAGUUUUGCAAACGACUUGACCUAGAGGCGGCCGAGGUUGGAAGUUCUGAGGCCUGGGGCUCCCAGAGCGGUAGAGAGAUGGAACUGGAGCAGAGAGAGGGGACCAUGGCAGCCGUCGGCUUUGAAGAGUUCUCAGCCCCGCCAGGCUCCGAGUUGGCGCUGCCUCCGCUGUUCGGUGGUCACAUCCUGGAGAGCGAGCUUGAGACAGAAGUGGAGUUUGUGUCCGGGGGUCUGGGUGGCUCGGGGCUCCGGGAGCGAGAUGAAGAGGAAGAGGCAGCCCGGGGCCGGCGGCGGCGCCAGCGGGAACUAAAUCGCAGGAAGUACCAGGCGCUAGGUCGGCGCUGCCGGGAGAUCGAGCAGGUAGCACUUAAUAAUUGCCAGGCACUGUGCAAGACACUUUAGACAUGUCUUCUCUAGGAGCUUCAUCUGACAACCCAGAUCAGCUCACCGAUGUUUCACAGGUGCCUCUCAUGCUCCCCACUGAUCACACUUCAGAUCUCAUACCCCUGACAUCAGUUACUCCUCAUGCCCUGUUCCUUCUUCUCUCAGAUCUCUCAGAUCCUUCUCCUCCCCUCCAUCCCCAUGGCCCCUGCCCAGAUGCAAGUUCUUUUGACUGAAUCACUGCAUUAGCCUCCUUAAUGGGGAUGAGGAUGGAGCGGUAGGCAGGGCCCAGAUCCUGAAAGGCCAUGAACACCAGGAAGAGAAGUUUGAUUUAUUUGUUUGUGAGUGACUGGGAGCUAUUGGAAGAUCUCAAAGGGGAGAGACAGGGUCAGGUCUGGAUGUUUGAAAGACUGUCUGAAUUUUGUUAUUUGUUUGCUGGAGCUGCUGUAACCAAGAACCACAAAUUGGAUGGCUCAGUAACAGGAAUGGGCUGUCUUAGGUUCUGGAGACCAGAAGUCUGGGAUUGAGGCGUCAGCAGGGCUGGGCGAUUCUGAGGGCUGUGAGGGAGAAUCUGUGCUAGGCAUCUUGCAUAGCUUUUGGUGGUUUGCUGGAGAUCUUUCGUGUUCUUUGGCUUGUUAGAUCUCUGCUUUCAUCUUCACGUGGCAUUCUUCGUGUGUGUGUGUGUGUGUGUGUGUGUGUCCCGAUUCCUUUUAAUAAGGAUGCCACCAGUCAUACUGGAUUACAGCCCACUCUAAUCACCUCACUUAACUUGAUUACCUCCAUGAAGACCUAUGUCCAAAUAAGGUCACAUUCUGUGGUCCUGGGGGUCAGAACUCCAACACCCCUUUUUAGGGGGACACCGUCUAACACAUAACAAUGAUAUCGGGGAGCUUUGGAAAGGGGGCAGUCAGUGUAGUGGUCCAGGCAGGAGAGGAGGAUGGAGGUGGGAGCUGGGGUGGGAGUCAAGGGGAUGCAGAGGCAGGAGUGACUAGGAGAACUAAUAGGAAGGUGAGGUUUGAGCCGAGUCUUAGGCUAGGUGGAGCGUGUCAGGUGGACUGGGUGGAAAAGUGCAUUCAGGACUCUGGGUAGCACAGGGCUUGCUCAGGACUGGAGGGGUGUUCAGUUUGACGGGGAUGCUGGGGAGGGGAAACGGCCUUGAAUGCCCGGCUGUGGGCAGUGCGAGCAGAGGAAGUGCUUGGAGCAGGGUCAGCUCCAGGUGUUAAAAUAUAUUCCCGUGAAGCUGCAUGAAGGGUGAGCCUGUGCACAGCCUGUGGCCAGCAGCCCCGGUCCCUCCUUGUAGGUACGGACCCAGCAGACACACCCAUGCACCAGGUGAGUUACCAGAUAACUUGACACCACAUUUUAUCUUUUACCAGGUAGCUUUCCCUCUGCUCCAUCCUUCCGCUCACCCCAACCUCUCAUCUUCCCUCCACGGCCACUCCUCUCUCCUCUCCUCCCCCAGUGUUUCCAAGACUCCGCACGUGAACCCCUCCCUUCCACGGUUAGCAGUAAUAUUUCAUCCCUGCUGCUUGGUGUUCACAGGGUCUUUUGGUGCAAGAGCAGUGCUGUCAGAGUGACCACUGUCACCUGGGAGCUCCCACUCUGUGCCAGGCCUGCUCUGGGGGCUUCACACAAGGACAUCUGGGAACUCUGUUAGCCCUGUAAGCAGCAGGUAUCCUGAGCCCUGUUGAACUGGUGGAUGCUGGGGUCCAAAGAGACUCAACCAUUUGCUCAAAUGGAGCUGCGUUUGAGCCCCUGCUCUUAGCCCACCCCCGGCCAAGAAUAGGUUCUGUUAUUAUUCUCCUUUCACCAAUGCAGAAACCCAAGGCUCAGAGAAGUUAAGUAACAUCCCCAAGGUCACACAGCUGAUAAGUGGCAGGCUGGGGUUUGAACCCAGGUCUUUCUGACCCAGGAACAGAACACACUUGUUCACGUCUUAGCCGCACACCUCCAACGGCCCUAACUAAAGUAGCCAGCUCCAGCCCCAGCCGCCGGCAUAUCUGCCUGUUUGGUGCCUUUCGAGCCCUUUAUCCCUGUGAGGUCACUGGUGUAGCAGUAUUUAAGUAGCACCCAUUGAGCCGGGUUCUGCUCGAGGCCCUGGGCACAGGGCACAGACCCAGGCCUUUGGAGUUUCCAUUCUGGUCGGGGAGAAGCCAGUGAGGACGCUGAGUAAUGAGACAGGACACAAGGCGAUGGUGACCAGGCAAGGAAAAGUGGAGCUGAGAAGAGUGGCGGGAGGGCGGGGUUCUGGCAUGGGAAGUGGGGAGGGGCUGCUGCAGUGUAAAGGGAGGGUCUGAGUGGACUCGGACCUUUAAGUUCAGACUUGGAGAAGUUGAGUUACACAGGCACCUGGGGCAGAGCAUGUGCAAAGCCCCUGGGACAGGAGGGUUGAGUUAGGGGACUCAAGCAUGAGCUUGGAGGCCGGUGGGAGUGGAGGGGAGGGAGGGGAGCAAGAGAGGUGGUGAGGAGGUAGGCGGCAGGUGCAGCAGGCCCUAGAGGCCCCAGGAUGGUCCUUGGCUAGUCUCCCUGGUCCCCACCGGGGGCUCUGUUCACCAUGUGCUGAAUACCUGGAGUGCAGCCGACCUGUGCUUUCC